UCCCUGGUUCUGCGUUAAGGUCACCGCUGUCACUCUCGGAGCUUCUGCAGCCGAAAGAGGAACCGGGACGAGCCGAGGGAAUCCAGCCAGCGUCAAACUACGUCCAGGAAUCCACCGCAACCGAGCAGCAAACAUGUCUCUGUCCACAAAACUCACUCUGGACAAGCUGGAUGUCAAGGGAAAGCGGGUUGUGAUGAGAGUCGACUUCAACGUCCCUAUGAAGGACAAGCACAUCACAAACAACCAGAGGAUCAAAGCAGCGGUUCCCAGUAUCCAGCACUGUCUGGACCAUGGGGCUAAAUCUGUGGUCCUGAUGAGCCACCUGGGUCGGCCUGACGGGAACCCCAUGCCCGAGAAGUACUCCCUGGAGCCUGUGGCCGUGGAGCUCAAGAGUCUGCUGGGGAGAGACGUGACUUUCCUAAAGGACUGCGUGGGUGCUGAAGUCGAGGCAGCCUGUGCCAGCCCUGCUUCUGGUUCAGUCAUUUUGCUUGAGAAUCUGCGUUUCCAUGUUGCAGAGGAGGGCAAAGGCAAGGACCCCGCUGGAAACAAGACCAAAGCAUCUCAGGAGCAGAUCGAUGCAUUCAGGGCCUCUCUGUCCAAACUAGGAGACAUUUAUGUGAACGAUGCUUUUGGCACAGCACAUAGGGCUCACAGCUCAAUGGUUGGCGUGAACCUGCCUCAGAAAGCUGCUGGGUUCCUGAUGAAGAAGGAGCUGGAAUACUUCGCCAUGGCUCUGGAGAAACCACAGAGUCCCUUCCUGGCCAUCCUUGGAGGAGCAAAGGUGAAAGAUAAGAUCCAGCUGAUCAACAACCUGCUGGACAAGGUCAACGAAAUGAUCAUCGGAGGAGGCAUGGCGUUCACCUUCCUCAAAGUCCUCAACAACAUGGAGAUUGGUAACUCCCUCUUUGACGAGGAGGGAGCUGGCAUCGUAAAGGAUUUGAUGGCCAAAGCAGAGAAGAAUGGAGUUAAGAUUACUCUUCCUGUAGACUUCAUCACAGCCGAUAAGUUUGACGAGAAAGCUGCCACAGGAACAGCCACAGUCGCUGGCGGCAUCCCAGCUGGGUGGAUGGGGCUGGACUGUGGCCCUGAGAGCUCAAAGGCCUACGCUGAGGCAGUGUCCCGGGCCAAGCAGAUCGUGUGGAAUGGACCUGUGGGCGUCUUCGAGUGGGACAACUUCGCCAAUGGGACCAAAAGCCUCAUGGACAAAGUGGUGGAAGUGACCAAGUCUGGCUGCAUCACCAUCAUCGGAGGGGGCGAUACUGCCACAUGCUGCGCCAAGUGGAACACAGAGGACAAAGUGAGUCACGUGAGCACAGGGGGUGGAGCCAGUCUGGAGCUGUUGGAAGGGAAAGUGCUGCCAGGUGUGGACGCUCUGAGCAGUGCCUAAACCUCUCCUUUGGCGUCAUAUUUGUGUGAAUGAAAGUGAAUGAGGUGGAUCCAAGUCUGCACUGAUUUACUCCUGCUUCAGCCCUUUACAUACUACCUAUUCUACUUUAACAAUAUCUAGAAGUGUUGUAGGGCAAUUUCCCAACUAAGUAUUGAAGUCUUUAACUGCUCCAUUCUUAAAUUUUUCUAUAGCCAUGUACAAUUAAAAAACUUUACGGUAAAUGUUUUUGUCAUGUUAGCCUGACAGCCAGAAAAAACUCAUUUGGGUCAAACUUUAUCAAAUGAACAAAAACAAUUGACUGACCUAUAUACACACGAAUUCAGUUAUAUCAUUAUUUAUGGCCUAUUCAACCUAUUUGUGUGUCUGAACUAUUAAAUGAACAGACAUGAUGCUGCUUGUUUAUUCAGAAUGGGGCCCAAAUAAUAUCUACUUACAAUAAGAAUUAGUUUUGUACAUUUUGGUGCUUAUUUUCAUUAGAAGUUGUUCCUAUUUUAGUAGAUUUUAUCACAAUUUCACUGUAAAUGCACUUUCAAGGAUAAAUAUGUUAAGUCUGUUUUAGGAUUUUGGAUUAAAAUAGCUGGUAAAUAAACUAACAACAACUACUAGUUAAUGGCCCAAUGUAGUGACUGUUUUGGCUGUUCUGUCCACCUCUGUGUGAAUGUAUCUGUAUUUUGGCUUUAGUCCAUGCACUAGGUUGAAUGGUUAAAAUUAUACUGGAUUAUAAAGAUAGAGUAAUAUUAAAACGGUUGUUGUCUGCGGUAUUUGUUUACUAAAGCGCUGGUCUCCUGUUUCACCUCAGUAAAGUUCUGUGUUACACUUGAA